AAAGAGUGGCCGAUUUGGAAUGGGCCCGCGCAAUUUUGAUUUGAAAAUUGCCAUUAUGGGUGGGAUGGGAAAGAAUGGGUAUGAUCGUGAUUUGAAAUUGCCAUUGUGGGUGGGGGAAGAAUGGGCCCAUUUGAAAAUGGGAGAGAGUGGGGAAAUUGCGAUGGGGAAAAUGGGUGGGGAAAAGGGUGGGAGGAAAUUGAAGAGGGGCCAACCCAAAGGCGAUUGUGUUGAUUUGGAAAUUGUCAUUAUGGAUGCGGGGAAGAAUGGGUAAAUUGGAAAUGGGGCAUUUGAAAUUGAGGACAGUGUGUGUAAAAAUCAAUAAAGCCAUUUGAAACAGU